AUGCUGGGGCACAUUCAUAUUGCGACACUCUGCUGGACUCUCUUCAUGGAAGGUUGGAAUGACGGUUCGACGGGGCCAUUGCUUCCAAGGAUCCAGAGGGUGUAUAAUGUUAGUUAUAUUGUUGUUUCCCUGCUCUUUGUGGCAGGCUGUGUGGGAAUUAUGAUCGGAGGAGCUGCAUGCAUCUUUUUGACAGCUAGGAUGGGUUUUGGGAAGGUUGGCUCUUUAGUUCAGGCUACGGCGUACUGUAUCCAAAGCCCUGCUCCGCCCUUCGUCGUAUUUGCCCUAGCCUUUGGCCUCAGCGGCUUCGGUAUGGCACUACAAGACGGCCAAGCCAACGGAUAUGUCGCCGGCGUGAAAAAUUCCUCGACCAAAUUAGGGUUCAUACACUGCGCAUAUGGUGAACGUCCACCUUCCAACGCGCACUCUGAUUAUCGAUCUAAUGUAUUUACAUAUCUUGCAGGUGCAGGGGCUUUGGUUGCCCCUUUAGCUUCUACUCAAUUCGCUCAGCUCGAGCAUUGGUCAUUCCAGUAUUUGAUCUCCUUGAGUUUAUGCCUCCUCAACACCGUGCUCCUCAUCGCUGUCUUCCGCUUCAAGUCGCAGGAUGAAUGCUUCAAGUCGAUCGGAGAAGCCGUCGGAGAGCAUGGAACCAGCAAAGAUAAUACAUACAAACAGAUAUUCAAGCAGAAGGCUGUCCACCUUCUUUCAUUGUUCAUUCUCGCUUAUGUUGGCGUUGAAGUGACCAUUGGAGGCUGGAUCGUGACCUAUAUCAUAAGAUUCAGAGAUGGAGGCCCCUCCUCGGGCUACAUCUCUUCCGGAUUUUUUGGGGGUCUUGCUCUGGGUCGUAUCGCUCUGCUAUGGGUGAACCAGAAGCUCGGACAGCGCCUUGCUGUCCUCAUAUACAUGCUCUUGGCCAUCGGACUGGAACUCAUUGUCUGGCUCGUCCCUUCCCUGAUCUCCGGCGCUGUCGCCAUCUCUCUCACAGGAUUCUUCAUGGGUCCUAUCUACCCCAUCGUCAUGAACGAGACGGCUCGCAUCCUUCCCAGAUGGCUCCUCACCGGCUCUAUUAGCUGGAUUGCCGCAUUUGGUACUACAGGCGCCGCCGCUUUACCUUUCAUCGCCGGAGCCCUGGCGCAGGAGAAAGGUAUCUGGACCCUGCAGCCCUUGCUGCUUGCGAUGAUGGCGGUCAUGGUCUCCUUAUGGCUGAUCAUCCCCAAAGAGCGUGUCAGCGAUCACGCAGAGUGA